UCGCGUGUGAGUGAACCGCAGCAUUGGCCCAGGCCGGCCCAGGCACCUUGGCCGAGGGUCUCCGACGUGCUGUGCGUGGGGACACCCUUGCUUCCAGAGUCCACACAGAUCAUUCCCAGCACCUGUCAACUCCUCGGCUCCUGGGACACCACCGCCGACCCCACGAGGGCCUGAGCCAGAGCCUCGCCACGUCUGGGUGCCCGUGGCCCCUCGAGCCUCCUCCAAUGGCGGACGGCGGCCCGGGCCCUGAGAAACUUGCUUAAACUCCGCCUUCAGACCUCGCCAGGGGGUCCCGCCAGUUUCCCCAAGGUUCAAGCACCACCCCUGCCACGAGCCUCGGCGCGGGCCCUUUAAGGUCCGGGGGUGUGCGGCGGGCCCGCCCCCUCCCCGCGGCGCCGGCCGCCUGUUAAAGGGGCCGCGCCCUCGCCGCCAGCAGAGUGCCAGCCGGGCGGAGGGCGCGAGGUCUGGCCGCGGGCCGGCGGGCGGGGAGGGCGCGGAGGGCGCGGGCGCACUGCGGCCCCUCCGCACCAUGUACACCAUCACCAAGGGACCCAGCAAGCUGGUCGCGCAGCGGCGCACAGGUCCCACGCAGCAGCAGGUGGAGAGCAGGCUCGGCGAGCUCCUGAAAUGCCGGCAUUCCGCUCCGACCCCGCAGCACCCGCGGGCACAGCCGCCGGGCCCCUGGCCUCUGUCGAGGAUGCUCCUCUUUAUUUUAGUGCCCCUCUCAACUGAGGAGGAACCCCGCGCGGCGGUGGGGCACCUGAGCCCAGGAUGGCGAGCAGGCCGGCGGGACCGCGAGUGCCUGGCGGAGUGGCACGUGCAGCCCAGGACUCCCGGCUCCCACCUCCUGCUUCCAGGGCCGAGGCUCGUGUUCAAUCGGGUGAAUGGCCGCCGGCCGCCUGCCACGUCCCCAUCCCUCGAGGGAACCCAGGAGCCCUACACACUGGCCCACGAGGAGAACGUCCGAUUUGUGUCAGAAGACUUCGUGCCCAUUGACCUGGACGAGUGGUGGGCACAGCAGUUCCUGGCCAGGAUCACCAACUGCUCCUAGUCACAGCUUUGGAAGGAAGGCUGUCUUGUGCAGGGCCUGGCCCUGCCCCACGCUGGACCCUCUGCCAGGAGAGGACCACGGCGCCCUGUCCACCAGCUGCGGCAGGCUGUGCUUCACCCUGGGCCUGGCCAGGCGCCAGCCACACCUGAAGUGCCAGCAUUUGGACUUUUGCCCCUGCUGACCCUUUGGCCCAACUGUUCCAGGCUGCCGGGGGCCAGGGGUUGAAACUGUCUGACCUCAGUCCUGCUCACUGUGCCCGGGGACCAGCCCGUGGGGCUGGCAGGGACGAGCUCCAGGCUAAUAAAGUUGAGAAACUGC